GAAAAGGAAUGGAACCUUUGUUAGGGUUGCGAAGGUGCGUCGAGCUCGGGGUUCAAUUGCGCAAUCUUCCGUCCGGUCGUCGACCAUCGGGUCAGCUUCGACGAUGGAUUGCAGUUUCUGGGCUCAGCCGGGGUGCUGGGUGGGGGGCACAUGACAGAGGUUCAUGGGGCAGCAGCUUGAGGACUUUCGGAUGGAUCGGAGUUUUGUGGUUUAGUGGAGAAAUUUCGCCACUCUCUGCUUACAUGCGUCGUGAUUUCUCAGUGAGGCUUUUGUCUCUCCGCUCUCUGUUAGGCGUAAUCCAUAAAGUCAUGGGAUAUUUAGAAACUAGUUUAUGUCGUCUUGAGUAGAAAGAUAUCGGAGAAGGCCCCUCUGAACGAGGGAGUUUCUGGCAUAACAUAUACAGUCUGGUGGUUUAUUCGAGUUGCAGUAGAAAGGAAGCGUUUCGAAAUGCCCGGGAUCGGGGAGGUGUUGGCGCUGCCUGCACCUCCGCCUGGUGGAGUUGUAGGUCCCUUACCUGCUUCCCAGCUGCCAGAUGAUUCUGAAAAUGUUGCAGAUAACGGAGAGGCAACGAAAGAUGCUUCGUCCAAGCCAGCUUCCGUGGCCACUCAGACCAGAACCAUUGGUAUGAUCCACCCUCCACCCGAUGUCCGGAGUAUAGUGGAUAAAACUGCACAGUUUGUGGCUCGUAAUGGGCCUGAGUUUGAAAAGCGUAUCCUCGCGAACGAGAAGGGAAAUGUUAAAUUCAACUUUUUGAAGUCGGAGGAUCCUUAUCAUGCUUACUACCAACACAGGGUAUCGGAGUUUCGGAUACAGCUGCAGGCUCCGGCACAGGCCCCCAGUUUGGUUGCUGCCAUUGCCGCAGCACCGAAGCUACCUGAAGGUGGUGCAGCCCCAACUUCCAAGGAACAAGAAGACUUGGAAUUCGAGACCACAACAAAGCCUGCUGCGAAGGCUCUGGAGCAACCAGAACCGGAAUUGUAUACUGUAAGGUUACCCGAGGGUCUAACUGGUCUGGACUUAGACAUCAUAAAGCUGACGGCGCAGUUUGUUGCACGAAAUGGGAAGAACUUUCUCAAUGGUCUUACGAACAGAGAACAUUCGAGUCCUCAGUUUUAUUUCCUGAAACCGACACACAGCAUGUUCACUUUUUUCACAGCAUUGGCGGAUGCUUACUCCAAAGUUCUCAUGCCACCGAAGGGACUGGUGGAGAAGUUGAAAAGAGAUUCGACAAACAAGACUAUGGUUUUGGAGAGGGCUUUACAGAGGCUAGAAUGGGAGAGAUCACAAGAGAGAGCAAGACAGAAAGCCGAGGAUGAGAUAGAGCAGGAAAGAAUGCAGAUGGCUCUGAUUGACUGGCAUGACUUCGUGGUCGUGGAAACCAUUGAGUUUGCCGAAGAGGAGGACGAGGAGCUUCCCCAGCCUAUGACUUUGGAAGAAGUGGUCAGACGAAGUAAGGCUCUAGCCAUGGAGGAAGACGAGGAGGAGGCAGCCGAGGCCGGUAAGGAAGUGGAGAUGGAGAUGGAUGUGGAGGAGCUGCAGCUUGUUGAAGACGGAAUGAGUGCUGCCAGUCUCAACGAGAAGUCUUCAAAUGAUUCACAACCCAUGGAGGAUGUGGACCCGCCAUUGAGAAUUGUGAAGAACUGGAAGAGGCCCGAGGAGAGAGUUCCUGUGGAGAAAGAUCCCACUAAGUUUGUGGUUUCACCUAUUACUGGAGAGCUCAUUCCAAUCAAUGAGAUGGCAGAGCACAUGCGAAUAUCUUUAAUUGAUCCAAAGUAUAAGGAACAAAAAGAGAGAAUGAUGGCGAAGUUGAGAGAGACCACUCUUGCCACUGAUGACGAGAUUUCUCGCAACAUCGUGGGGCUGGCUCGCACCAGGCCUGAUAUUUUUGGAACGACAGAAGAGGAAGUCUCUAAUGCGGUGAAGGCCGAGAUUGAGAAAAAGAAAGAGGAGCCAAAGCAGGUUAUCUGGGAUGGACAUACAGGAAGCAUCAGCAGAACUGCCAACCAGGCCAUGUCUCAAACUAUGACACUGGAAGAGCAGAUUGCGGCAAUUCAUAGGGAGAAAGCCAACUUGACGGCAGAUGGUAGGCCUCUCCCUGGUCCUGCAGCUCCUCCUGGUCCGAAGCUUGCGGCUCCUCCACAACGACCUCUUCCGCCACCACCUGGUUUGGCUUUGAACAUUCCCCGGCCCCUGCAGCCACCCAAUCAAAUCUCCUCUGGAACAACUUCUGCCCCCGUGCCACCACCUGUACAGAGGCCGGCAAUUCUUCCUACGCCUCCAAUUCGACCACCUUCUGCAGUCCCCUCUCUACCUCCUGUAAAUCCACUGCUUGUCAGGCCUCCACCAGCACCCAUUCCUGCCCCAAUGCAACCCCCUCCUUCCGGGGUUCCACAGUAUCCACCUCCUCCUAGACAAUUCGCUCCGGUUCUACCCCCACCGAUGGCCAUGGCCCCCCCUCCGCCUCCUCCUUCAGUUAUGCCACCACCACCUCCGCCAGACGAGGCUCCUCCCCCACCUCCAGAGGAGCCAGAGCCAAAGAGGCAGAAGAUCGAUGAUGUGCAACUCAUCCCCGAGGAUCAGUUUCUCGCCCAGCAUCCGGGACCUGUACGCAUCAGUGUCUCGGUGCCCACAGUUGAAGGCGAAGGUAACUUCAAAGGCCAGACGUUGGAGCUUACUAUACAAAGUCUUGCGGAAAGUAUUCUCAGUGUCAAGGAGAAGAUAGCUAACGAGCUUGCCUUACCGGCCAACAAACAGAAGCUGAAUAGCCAUUUGGUUUUCCUCAAAGACAACUUGUCAUUAGCGUAUUACAACAUAGGACCUGGUGAAACACUUCAGUUAGGACUUAGAGAGCGUGGAGGUAGGAAGAAGUAGCCUGAGAUGGAAGCUUACUUCCCGUCCUAUAAAAGUAAUAUUUCUACUUGGCUUCGU